UCCCACAGGACGAUGUAGGGCCUGAGAAUAGGACCGAGCAGCUCUCUGGUGUUCAUCUUUCUGAGGAACCGUCACCUCAACUUCCAGCCCGACUAUCUCGCUGCUUAAGGAGGAGGCGGCCCUGAGACCGCUCGCCGACAUCACCCCCCCCAUUACACUCGCACUCCGUGUCCGCCGCGACGCCCCCGCGCCUCGCGCGCCCCCGCCCCGCCCCCGUCUGACGUGCUCCCGCACGCCGCGCCCCCUCCCACUCGGCACGCCCCUCCGCAGCGCCCGGCCGUCGCGGGCCUGGAGCCGCCCCGCCGGUCAGCGCGACCCUCGCUGCGGAGCCGUCCUCCUCCGCCGCCCGUCGCCCGCCGCCAUGGACGUGUACACCUCGCACCGGCUGGGGCCGCCCCGAGCGCGGCUCUCCGGUAGCUCCGGCCGCGGGUCGCCUUCUGUCAGUGGGAGCCGGCUCCGCCAGGUUCAGAGCAUCCUGACCCAGAGCAGCAAGUCUCGGCCUGAUGGGAUCCUCUGCAUCCUAGGAAUUGAUAGCAGGUACAAUGAAGGCUGCAGAGAACUGGCAAAUUAUCUUCUGUUUGGUUUAUAUAAUCAGAAUACCAGUGAUUUUGAAAAAACAGGAUUUUCUGAAGAAGUUCUAGAUGAUGUGAUUAUAUUGAUUAAGUCAGAUAGUGUCCAUCUGUACUGUAACCCUGUCAACUAUCGCUAUCUGUUACCCUAUGUGGCACAUUGGAGAAACCUGCAUUUCCACUGCAUGACUGAAAAUGAGUAUGAAGAUGAGGAAGCUGCAGAAGAAUUUAAAAUUUCCAGCUUUGUGGACAUGGUUCGAGACUGUAGUAGAAUUGGCAUUCCUUAUAGCUCCCAGGGUCACUUACAGAUAUUUGAUAUGUUUGUGGUGGAGAAAUGGCCAAUUGUACAGGCCUUUGCACUUGAGGGCAUUGGAGGGGAUGGAUUUUUUACCAUGAAAUAUGAGUUGCAAGAUGUGAGUUUGAAUCUGUGGAAUGUCUACAGUAAGAUGGAUCCUAUGUCUCUGGAAAAUUUGCUUUCAGAAGAUUUGGUGGCUUUUGAGCAUCAGUGGACUAGCUUCUUUGCUAAUUUUGACACAGAAAUUCCUUUUCUACUGGAACUUUCAGAAUCUCAGGCGGGUGAGCCAUUCAGAAGUUAUUUCAGUCAUGGAAUGAUCUCCAGCCAUAUAACUGAAAACAGCCCCAGUCGGCAGCCAUUUGUUCUCUUUGGUAAUCACUCCACACGAGAAAACCUGAAUGCUGGCAACUUCAACUUCCCUUCUGAAGGACACCUAGUGCGCAGCACUGGUCCUGGUGGGAGCUUUGCCAAACACAUGGUAGCACAGUGUGUCUCACCAAAGGGACCUCUGGCAUGUUCAAGGACAUACUUUUUUGGAGCUACUCACAUUCCUUACUUGGGCGAUGACAAGCUACCCAAGAAUGACAAGCUGCUUAAGAAAACUGAACAAAUUAGGCUCUUGUCCCAGAUAUAUGCUGCUGUUAUUGAGGCUGUUUUGGCUGGCAUUGCAUGUUACACUAAAACUUCCAGUCUAACAAAGGCAAAGGAGGAAGCAGAGAAGAUCCUGGGAUCUGCGUUAGAUUCAUUUGAGUUGGUUCAGCUUAAGGCAACUCUCCGCUCCAAGACAGCUUUUCAUAUACAUGCUGUGAAUAACCAGGGAAGAAUUGUGCCUCUGGACAGUGAAGAUAGCUUAUCCUUGGUGAAAACGGCUUGUAUGGCUGUCUAUGACAUUCCUGACUUGCUGAGAGGAAGAGGGUGCUUAGGAUCUGUGGUUUUCUCGGAAUCAUUUUUGACAUCUCAGAUCUUGGUUAAAGAAAAGGAUGGCACUGUUGCCACAGAGACCAGCUACAUAGUCUUGACAGCCGCCGUACCCCGAUUCUGCUCUUGGCUGGUAGAAGAUAAUGAAGUAAAAUUGUCUGAGAAAACCCAACAAGCAAUGAGGGGUGAUGAGUGUUUUCUGGGAAGUUUCCUAACAGGAGGAGAGGGAGCAUAUCUUUAUUCUAACAGUCUUCAGUCCAGGCCUGAGGAAGGGAAUAUACAUUUCUUCUCUAAUGGUCUUCUGUUUUCUCACCGUCAUCAUGGAAAUAUCAUCAUUUCCAAGGAUCACAUGAAUUCUGUUUCCUUCUAUGAUGGGGAUUCCACCAGUGUAGUGGCUGCCCUUUUCAUAGACUUCAGGAGCUCAUUACUUCUUCAUCUCCCAGUUCAGUUCCAUGGACCAAGCAGUUUUCUGAUGAUUGCCCUUUUCCCAAAAUCAAAAAUAUAUCAAACAUUUUACUCAGAGGUCUUCUCCCCCUGGCAACAACAGGAUAACUCGGGGCUUUCUUUAAAAGUGAUCCAGGAAGAUGGAUUAUCUGUGGAACAAAAGAGAUUGUGCUCCAAUGCACAGAAACUCUUCAUUGCCCUGAACCAGCCUGCUGGGGAGAAGUGGAGUUCUCCAAGGCUGCUCUCAGCAAAACUCCCAGAACUUGACUGCUUUCUCCAGCAUUUUGCUGUCAGCAGCAUUAGUCGGGAGCCUGUGAUGCGGACCCAUCUUCCAGUCCUACUGCAGCAAGCUGAAGUCAGCCCUAAACACAGAGUAGAAAAUGACAAGGUGAUUAUCAGCAUUGUAACGGGCCUCCCAGGCUGUCAUGCUAGUGAGCUCUGUGCUUUUCUGGUCACUCUACAUAAGGAAUAUGGCAGGUGGAUGGUAUACCGCCAAAUUAUGGACAGCUCAGAAUGUUUCCAUGCUGCACACUUUCAGAAAUACCUUUCCAGUGCCCUGGAGGCCCAGCAGAAUCGCUCUGCCCGCCAGUCAGCCUACAUCCACAAGAAGACCAGGUUGCUGGUAGUCUUACAAGGCUACACAGACAUUAUUGAUGUUGUCCAGGCUAUACAGACUCACCCAGACUCAAAUGUCAAGUCUUUCUUCACCAUUGGUGCCAUCACAGCAUGUGUGGAGCCUCUGAGCUGCUACAUGGAACACAGAUUUCUCUUCCCAAAAUGCCUUGAUCAGUGCUCACAAGGUCUUGUUAACAAUGUGGUGUUCACCAGUCACACUACAGAGCAAAGGCAUCCUCUCCUUGUGCAGCUGCAAAGCCUUAUCAGGGCUGCCAACCCUGCCGCAGCAUUCAUUCUUGCAGAAAAUGGGAUUGUUACCAGGAAUGAAGACAUUGAGCUGAUUCUCUCAGAAAAUAGUUUUUCAAGUCCUCAGAUGCUACGAUCUCGAUACUUAAUGUACCCUGGCUGGUAUGAAGGAAAAUUUGAUUCUGGAUCCGUCUUCCCACUAAUGGUUCAGAUCUGUGUAUGGUUUGGUCGUCCCCUAGAGAAGACUCGCUUUGUGGCUAAAUGUAAAGCAAUUCAGUCCUCUAUCAAGCCAAGUCCCUUCUCUGGAAACAUCUACCACAUUCUUGGCAAAGUGAAGUUUUCAGACUCAGAAAGGACCAUGGAGGUCUGCUACAACACUCUGGCCAACUCCCUAAGUAUUGUGCCAGUUUUGGAGGGACCCACACCACCUCCUGACUCGAAAAACACACCUCAGGACAACAGCGGGCAGCAGGAGUGCUACCUUGUGUUCAUCGGCUGCUCCCUGAAGGAAGACAGCCUCAAGGACUGGCUCCGGCAGUCAGCUAAGCAGAAACCUCAGAGGAAAGCUCUGAAGACUCGGGGAAUGCUGACACAGCAGGAAAUCAGGAACAUCCACGUGAAACGUCAUCUGGACCCCCUACCUGCAGGCUACUUCUACAAUGGCACCCAGUUUGUCAACUUCUUUGGUGACAAGACUGACUUUCACCCACUCAUGGACCAGUUCAUGAAUGACUACGUGGAAGAAGCCAAUCGGGAAAUCGAGAGGUAUAACCGUGAACUAGAGCAGCAGGAAUACCAUGACCUCUUCGAACAGAAGCCCUAGAAGCUGGGCCUGAUGUCCACCCAACAUGGGUGAAUGAAUGGGGUGUCAAGCCCCAUCUCUCCUAGAGGCCUCUGGGAGGGGCUGUUUCUGUCCUCCUUGGCCUGUGUGUGCUGGCUUGAGUACAUGUUGUCUUUGUUCUCUCUGCAGCGCCAAACGCUAUCACCUGCAUCACUGCUGGGGGGGUGGGGGUGGGGUCUUCAAAGAUGAGCACACAGGGCUGCCAGUAUGUUCACAGGUAGUCUAGGCCCUCUGAUCUCUGGUAACAGUAUUUCCCUUGGUCUGCUGAGGCACCAUGGGAGAGUGUGGGCUAAGCAUUUAGAUUGCACAGAGGAACUACUGGGACCUAGCUACCCUGGGACCUAGGUACCCAGAUAUCCUGGCUACCCCAAUGGUGACUAUGCCUGAGUAGCCAGACACCAUCCCAAAACAGCCAUCUUCCUUGAUGGUGCAUGCUGUCCCUGCCUCCUUCCAUUGAAGGAGCUGGCCUGCUGGCCCUGGGUCCUGUCCAGCACGAGUGGCACAAGCCCAAGCUAUGGAGCCAGGAGCUCAGGUUGAGAAUCACAGCACAUUCUGAAUGAGAAGGUUUCCCUGAUGAGCUAGGCUGAGGGAAAGGCAUGAUGCUUUCCAAAAGUGUGUGGCUCUUGAUAAUAUUAACAAGAUUGGCUCUCCUAUAGCAUGGUUUGGUAUCCCUAAUUUGGAGACAAAAGGAAGCCUACUGCCCAGGCUUCCAGCAGUGCUUUACCUCUCUGUCAAAAGGAGUGGCCUGCAUCCUGCCUGGGGUCUAAUCACUUGUGGGGUGUCCAUCUCCAACACCCAGUCUUCCUCCCGUCCAUACUAAGGAAGGACUACUUUCAGCCAUACACUUCAGGAAACUCGUGCCCCUAAACCUUGCUCUUGGCCCAGGGUUUCUUUGGCUCCUCAGUAUUGGGAGUUUCAGAGUUUCCAUACCCAAGUCAGAAUUCCUUCCAGUAGCUUUGUUUCUAAGUGGACCAUAAAACAGAGGGGAAAUAAAAAUUGUGUCCAGCCCAGUCUUUGGGAUUAAGUGUGCAGGAGCAGGGGGCCAUAAGCACUGAUAUUAGGUGAUGUCUUCUAGGACUUCAGCGCCUUAGCUGCUUGGGUUGUAAAUGUUUCCUGAACUUCACAUACUUCUUGCAUGCCUUAGGAAAAAGCACAUAGUUGAAACCAGCAUCGUUUAAUGUAAUGUAGAGGGGUCUUGACAAAGACCCCUGGUGCAGAGGAGAGCUGGGAUGGAGCACACGUGUCCACAAGCCUGGCCACAGAGAGCCCUGCAUGCAAGUAGCAGAGCAAGACUUUGUCAAGGGCUGCUCAGAACAAUAUGCUUGUAUUGGAAA